AUGUAUCUUGUUGUCGAACAGAAUGCUGAAGUAGCAUCUAGCGAUGUAGUGCAAGUGUCACGGGCCGGAAAGGCAGGGUCUCAAGUCGCUAGAGUGCUCAGAGUCAUCCGUUUAGUUCGGCUUAUUCGAGUUGCAAAACUCUACAAAACUCUUGCAUUGCGAUUCCAAGCUAAAGACGAAGUUGUGGAUCAGCAAGAUAUGUUCCUCGAACCCGGGGAACGCGCUCCAGAUGAUGUCGGGCUUGAAGAAGAAGCUGACGCCACAGACGAGGGAGAUGAGUACGACAGCAAAAUUGGAAAGGAGCUCACGGACAGGACUACCAGGAAAGUUAUUUAUAUAAUCCUCGCGAUGACCAUAGUUCUGCCUUUCCUCUCCGAGGAGCAAUACAUCACAAGAACAAGCUCUGAGCAGUCUGGACUAGAUAGCGUCGCGGAAUCUGCCACAGCAGCCCGGCGGUACAACACAGCACCUUGGUGGCGAAUGUACUCCAUGAAUACCGUUUACUACAUCAAUUACCAUCGCAAGAACGGCUUAGGCUACGCAGAAGGAGAAAUCAAUCCAGCAAAUUUAGUGUACAUGGAGCUUCCGCUUCCUCUCAGACACGUCACUGAAUCGGCUGGCCGAGUGUUCGUAGAUAUGGCAUGUCUUGGCUUCAAGAGCUGCGAGCAUCCGUUGGAACUCCCACCAGAAUGCGCACAGGAAUUGCUUCUAGCAAGCGCAGUCAACGGAACAAUGCUAACUGACGAGCUGGAGUCGAUAGAUUCACUCAGGCCUAGUGAAAGGGAAGUUGUUUCUACUGCUUUCUGUCAAGGACCCUCGGAGGAGGUGGCAGGUCCACUUGAAACACAAAAGGCAUCAUCCUGUGUUUCUGAAAAAAUUUCUUCUUUCAAGGCAGUUUACGACAAGAGAGAACUUUCUCAUCUAGAAUCAGCCUUGAGCAUGCUUAAAACUGUGUUUGUUUGUCUGAUCAUGGUCAUCGGUACUGUGGCAAUCAACCAUGAUAUUAAUACUCUCAUUUUAAGACCUAUAGAGCGAAUGAUAACAAAAAUGAACAGAAUCAGAAACAACCCCCUUGCCGCCACCAAUAUGAAUGCAGACAGUGAUGGUAAACAAGUUGAGGAAAACGCCGAAAACGCAGAGGGAGAUCCUCUCCAAGCGCUAAAAAACUGGAUGGGCGGCAAGGGAUCGAAAACGCAAAAGGAGAACUACGAGACUGCUAUCUUGGAGAAAACCAUUAUCAAAAUCGGGGGUUUACUAGCUCUUGGCUUUGGAGAGGCAGGAGCCGAAAUUAUUGCCAAAAAUAUGCACACUGCUGAUGGCAACAUAAACGCAAUGAUCGAGGGACGCAAGAUGGAAGCAAUCUUUGGCUUUUGUGACAUACGGAAUUUCACAGAUGCAACAGAAAUACUUAAGGAAAAAGUUAUGGUCUUUGUGAACCAGAUUGCUGAGAUCGUCCACGGCACUGUGGACCAGUUUUCAGGCAGCGCCAAUAAGAACAUAGGUGAUGCAUUUCUUCUGGUCUGGAAGUUUCCAGAGAGGGAGAUCGCCGAUGGCGUUAAAGAACAAAUCAUCGACACCGUUACCAGCAAUAAGCUGGCAGACAUGGCAUUGAUGUCGUUUGUUAAAGUUGUUGCGGGGAUCAACAAGUCAUACACAUUGGCUGAAUACAGAGAAAUACCGGAGAUCAUUGAGCGCAUGGGGACGGGCUGGAAGGUUAAGAUGGGAUUUGGCCUGCACGUUGGGUGGGCUAUCGAGGGUGCCAUUGGAUCAGAAUACAAAAUCGAUGCGUCAUACUUGUCUCCCAAUGUAAACAUGGCUUCCAGGCUUGAGGCAGCAACCAAGCAGUAUGGGGUCACAAUCUUAAUAUCUUCCGAUCUCUACGACAUCAUGUCUCCGCAAACGCAGACAUACUGUCGCCAAAUUGAUCGAGCUACCGUAAAGGGCUCCAAAGUACCUCUUGGACUCUACACUGUUGAUUUAGACCCUGGUCGUCUCCAGGUUCCCGCAAGGACCCCUGUGACAGUGAACUCAAAAAAUGCAGUCUUCCUUCAGAGGCAACAGCGUCUCCGAGAAAAGCAUAAGCUUUGGUCUAGUCGAACAUCGAUUUCUGCAAUGUUUGAGACCGACCCAGAUAUUGUAUCUAUGCGUGAGCACUUGACCAAAGAGUUCUUGGGUACCUUUCGCUCCGGAUUUAGGCAUUACGAAGCUGGUGAGUGGUACACCGCUAGAGAGAUAUUUGUCCGCACACAGUACAUGCUGGGCGUGGAGGAUGGACCGUCAACUGUACUUCUCCAUUUCAUGAGCACCAAGAAUUACGUUGCCCCUGAAGACUGGGGAGGGUUCCGGGAGCUUGUAGAAAAGUAA